UAGUUUUCUUCUUGAAGAAAGUGCCACGAAGGUUUGGCGCGUCGCUUCCAUCAUUGCUCACGAGAUCGCGCACCAGUGGGUUGGGAACUUGGUCACGAUGAAAUGGUGGUCUGAUUUGUGGCUCAACGAAGGACUUGCAUCGUACUUCCAUAUUUUUGCUACAGAAGCGAUUAAUCCGGAGUGGAAUGUCCAAAUGCAAUCGCAAAUCGAGGAUUUGACAACCACGUGGCAGAAACCGGGUCCUGUUCUAGCUUCAGUUUCGCGUCCUGAAGAUUUUAUCGGAUUAUUCGGCCCCGAACGCUACAAAAAAGGUUCUCAUUCUACGAUGCUAGAUUUUCGAGCUUAUAAAGUUUAGGCUUUUUUUCAAACCACGAAGAGGAGACGGUGAUGUUCAUGUUCUUUCCAUGUAUUCCUUGACUUAAAGGUGCAAGAGAAAUUUUUCUACGAAA